AUGGCGAUGGCCCCCCAGAAGCUUGAUUCCCGGGGUCAUCACUAUCCAUUUCCGCCCCUUCAGACGGCGAUCCCGAAGCUCGACCCGGACAGCAUUUACGUCAAAGAGGAGAAGCCCCUCGUCCAGCCCCUACCGUACCCCGGCAAUAACUUUCACGAGCACCCAUCCGUUGGCGCCGACGCGACAAAAGCCCAAGAACAGCAACGAGCCAUGGCUCAGUAUUCGGACUACCCUCACCUGUACGACACGUCGAUGGUGAUGCCCGGAGCCUAUUACGACGCCUACGCCGGAUACUCCUCCAUGGCCGCGCCUCUGAUGCCAAUCGCUGCCACCGGGGAUGGGACUGCCGAUUUCACCGCUUCACCUAGCUACGUGACAACCUCCGCGGUGACAGCCGCUCUUCCCUCUUCGCUUCCACAACAAGAGACAUCCACUGGCAGCUCGGUGCUCGAGAUUGGAAAGCCAAACACGACGCAAGCCUCGGCCACGGGAAGUGCGGCCACGAUACCGACGGCCGUCACGCUAUCAAAUAAUGAUUGGCAAGCAGCCGCCGCAUGGCAACAAUAUUAUAAUAUGCCUCACACCGCCCACACGGACUACACGUUCGCCCAGCAGGCCGAGGUCGCCUUCUAUCCACUGGCACCGGCUCAACUGGGCGGCCCCCUGGAUGCGACAACAGCCGACCCAUCAGUCUACUCCCUACCCACCAAUCUAGCAGGCUCCUCCCUGGCCGCUGGAGCAUUCGACUACACGGCACUACACCCACAAACAAGCCUCGCCGCGGCCACCGCGUUGAGCAACACAUCAAUCCCGGUGCCAACUGGCUCGAAGCGUAAAGUGGGUGGAGGAGCGAAGAAUGGUGGUGCUUCAUCAUCCCUGACCUCUUCCUCAUCAUCUGCCUCAUCUGCCAUCCCUUCAUCUACAAUUCAAUCGGCAUCUGCUGCUGCUGUCUCUUCGAUUAUUGGAAAUGGAGCAUCAGCUGGAGCAGGAGCGGGAGCAGGAUCAUCGACUGCUGGGCCCAGCAAGAUUUCCAAUGUGUCGCUUCCCCAUGGCCACCACCCCCAUCAACAACCCCAUCAUCCCCAUCAUCAUCAUCAUAAAGCCCCUUCGUCGAUGGCAUCAGGGGAUGAUGGUGGAUUAUCAGAUGAUGAUCGUUCUGAGGAUCGAGAUGUUGAUAGAAGAUCUGCCAAUAAUGCACGAGAACGGAUCCGUGUCCGGGAUAUCAAUUCGGCGUUCAAAGAAUUGGGUCGUAUGUGUUCACAGCAUUCCCAGGCAGCGAGCGGUGACAAGACGCAGACGAAACUCGGCAUCCUCCACCAAGCCGUCCAAGUGAUCACAGCCCUCGAGGAACAGGUGCGCCAACGAAAUCUGAACCCGAAACAGGCAGUGAUGAAACGACACGGAAAUGAUGAGAAUAAACAGAACAUAACAGGAGGCGGAGGAGCAGGGGCUACGGUAGAUCAGUACGGUAACCCCCUCGUUUCGCCCUAU